AUGCACUGCCAAGAUCAACUAUUUGGUCUGAUCGCUGCUGCUAUCCGCUAUGUUGAUCUGAUUUGCGACGUGCCAGAUUUGGUUCAGAAGAUCAAAACGAUCUUGGAUAGGAUCCAGAUCCGGAAGUGGAUUGGGCCAUCAGCCAAAAUCAACGUCGAAUUCCUGUCAGCCUGUCGUGAUUGGAAGGGAUGGCUGGACCGCCAUCUCCCAGUGACCUUCCGAGGAGGACUGAAGAAGGAUUCCGUUGGCCACCAUGCUUUCAUAUUUCUUCGGAGGGUAGAUGUUCCACGGAAUAUUGUGAUCAAAUAUGACGACCGACAUGGACCUUUGAUUCCUCAUGAUAUGGACGUCAUCGCAUUUGUCAAGAAAAAUGCCGCAGACACGCACUUGGGACAGGAAGCGAUACUCGCCAUGCCGUUUCAAUUCGUCCAGCCUAUUCUUCACUCCGCCCCGGACUCUGCCAGACCUUUGAAGAAGGUCGACCCAGGCAAAGGAAAGAAGUAUUUGGAAUUGGCUGACAUUUUACUUAGACGAUUCCCAUCUAGCACAAGUGGACGCUCCAUUGAGUUUUUAGUGGAUCUCUGUCGAAACAGAAACCCAGGACCAUUGGCGCCCAUACCUUUUUAUUCAACACCAGGUCAACAAGAUUUGGUUGUGAUACCGGCCAAUCCGGGUCUUGCAAGGGUGGCACCAACCAUAAGGUUUGAAGCCAUGUUGCAGCGCAGGCCGUGA